AUGGUCUCGUUGCUUGGAAUUUCUGCGGACCGCGUCCGCAGGGCCUUGAAGGUCAUCGCUCGACAGGUUCUUGCUUCUCCACUCCUUUCACUACAGUCCUUCGUCCAGGCGACCGCAACAACUCUCGUCAUUUUAUCUUUGACCCGUCUACUUGCGAAGAUGUUUUCCUACAAGUUCCUUCUCCUCAGCCUGUCUUUGGCCUCCUCUACGAUUGCUGUUCCCGCCAGCUACCGCUUCCGUCGUGAAGUCCCCCAAGAGCACUCUCACGAGGCCAUCUUGAUCGACAUCCGCAAGCAGCUCGCUAUCAGCAACCCCGACAACCUCGGUGACCCGGUGUUCGGCCUCCUGGGUGCCGCCGCGGCAGCUCAGGGUCUCGGUGACACCACUGAUGCCGACUGCCUCCAGCAGGCAACAGCCGAUCAGGCUUUCACGAACGCCAAGGCCGCGAACGACGUUGCCGGCAUGACCAGCGCGCUCAUCUUCCGCACGCUCGAGCGUAACUCCGGUUCCGUUGGCGCAGCGUCCCCCAAUUGCACGUCUGUUACGGCGGUUAACCCGGAGAUUGCGGCUCUCGCUCAGCACCAGGAUCCCGCUGGUGAUGGCGCUCAGGCAUUCAACAAGAACCUUGUCUUGGAGCUUGCGAAGCAGAUCGCCUCCAUCGGCGGUACGCCUACGGACGCGCUCAAGUCCGGCACGUUUGCGCCUGGCACGAUCGGUGACCCCACUGCAAAGGGCAACACCUGUGACGAUGCGAACGACACCGCUGGCUGCAUCGUCUCUCAGAACCUCCUUGUCGAGGAUGCUACUGAGGACGAGAUCAAUGCGGCCGUCGCUGGUGUCGACGCGACUGGCGCAAGCAACUCGACCUCUUCCGCCGGCAGCGAUUCGACGUCUACCGAUGCAGGCACCACCGGCGAGUGUUCUGGCACCGCUACCGUGACUGUCACUGCUGCAGCCGGCUCUGAGACGACCGCUGCAGCUGCUACCACGGCAGCGGCGGCGGCAGCGACGACCACUGCGGCCGCCUCUACCUCGACGGCGGCCGCCGGCGACAUCGGUGACUUCGGCUCGUGUUCUGUUCCCCAAAUCGAGUUCGGUGCCGGCUUCGACAACCGCAAGGAGACCUCGUUCCAGCCCGUUGACCAGGCUUCCUACGCGCACACUUCGGCCCAGAACGUCGACAUCAUCAUGCAGUUCAUGUGCGACACCCUGACCAACAGCUGUGGCGCUGAUGCCACGGCCAAGGCGACGUGCAAGACCGCGACUGCUGCUGCCGAUGCCGCAUCGAAGGGCACCGGUGCUCAGGCUGAUGCUUUCAACGCUGCGUUCGGUAUCACGACUGAUUUCGCCGCGCUCGCCGUCAUCAGCAACACCGGUACCACGAUCUCCCCUGGUGCUAACCCCGCUGCCACCGCUGCUGCCACGACGGCCACUGCUGCAGCUGCAGCUGCUACCACUACCGCCGCGGCCGUUGACACCACUGCCGCUGCCGCGACCACGAGCGCUGCUGCUGCCGCUGCCACUACCGCCGCCUCGAGCAGUGCUGCAUCUGGCACCAACCUCCAAACCUUCACCGGCAGUCUCGGUGGCGUCACUGCCCCGGCCGUCACUGAUCUUGGCUCUGGCGCUCAGCCCUUCCAGGUUGACGGCAACUCGUCGUUCAGCAGCCUUCAGAACGCUCUCGUUCGUUCGUGCGACGUUCAGCACAACAAGUGCGCCAACGCGGCGAACUCGAGCGGCAACUCGGGCGACCUCACGGUCUCCGCUUGCGGUGACCAGCAGACCCAGUGCAAUGCUCAGGCGCAGAGCACUGCCGCGAGCGCGCGUCGUUGA